AUGUCGCAAGCAGCUACGACACCCGUCUACAUCCCUGCUGAUCAGCUCCACAACGAUGUCAGAGACAAGGACGGCAAUAGCGCCUCUUCGCACCACUUCCAGCGGGCGCAUCGCAAGAAUGGCGAGCUGGAACUAGGUGUCACCGAAGUGCUGCAGGGACGUACCGACGUGCCCAGUGCCCAGGUAGCCCAGUCUGCCGGUCUGUCCAACUGGUCCGGCCGCGUUCGACUCGAGCAGUCGAUGCCCAAGCUCGUCCCUGCUCUGAUUGCCGAAUUUAUGGGUACCAUGUUCUACUGUCUCGCUGGAGAAAUGGCGACGGCAGGAGUUCUUGUCACCACCUACGCAGGUUCGCCGCAGGGAAACUUGACCAUGAUCGGAUUUGCUUAUGCGUUUGGUAUCACUUUUGCUAUCAUUGUCUGCGCUACAACUUCGGGAGGCCAGUUCCACCCCGCUUUCACCAUCGCUCAAGUCGUCUUCAAAGGAUUUCCCAUCAAGUUGGCUCCGUUGUACAUUUGCGCCCAAGUUGUCGGUGCUAUGGUAGCUUCGUUGAUCGUCGUCGGUUCAUGGCAUGACGAAUUGAUGAAGAUCACCCACCUGCUCAAGGCCACGGGCAAGACUGCAACCAUUUUCACUGCCGAAGGCCCUGCUGGCGCCAUCGCGCUUUUCCCCACGCCGGGUCGAUCGAUGGGAUCAAUCUUUGUCAACGAAUUCUUUGCCAACAUUCUUGUCGGCAUGAUCGUCUGGGCCAACUUGGAUGCUGCCAACCCUUUUACUGGUCCUCAAGCCGCUCCUUACACCAUCGGUCUUGGUUUCGCCGUUGUCGUCUGGUGCUUCUCUUCUUCGAACGUGGUUGCCAACUCGGCUCGUGAUAUUGGCGCCCGUUUGGUAUGCAGCAUGUUUUGGGGUUCAGAAUGCUUCCCCUCCCGGUACUCGGCUCUGGCCGCAUUGACCAACAUCCCAGCAACUUUGCUUGGCGUCGGCUUGUACACGUUCUUCCUGAGCGACACUCGUCGUCCUCCUGCCACUGUAGCGCUCAAUCACUUGCACGAGGAGCACGUCAGGUCUAUCGAAAGGGCUGAAACUCUCCACGCCGAGAUCCUCGACGAGAAGAUUGCCCAGACCCUCAGCCGCGGUGGCGAUGCCACAGCGCUUCAGAAGCAGCGCACCAACCUGGGCGUCAAAAACUUUUGA